UUAUUUACCUUUUUCAUAGCAAUGAAAAUGACACCUGCAAACUUGGCAAUGGGAAUUUUCCUCUUCUCUCAGAUUACAGUGGGCAUGCUUGGCAAUUCCUCAAUACUAUUUUACUAUGUCAUUUUGAUAUUCACUGGAAAGCGUUUAAUGCCCAAAGACCUGAUCCUAGAGCACUUGACUUUUGCCAACUGUUUGUCUCUCAUCUCAAAAGGCAUUCCACAGACAAUGGCACACUUUGGAUUCAAGGAUUUCCUGGAUGAUGUUGGAUGUAAAUUGAUAUUGUAUAUUUAUCGAGUAAUGAGAGGGAUGUCCCUGUAUGUCAUGUGCCUAUUGAGUAGCUUCCAAGCAAUCACAAUCAGCCCCAACAACUCCAGGUGGCACAAGUUUAAACAUAGAACCACCAAGUACAUUGGUCCCUCCUGCUCUCUCAGCUGGCUUGUGCACAUGCUGUUAAACAUCUUGACUCCAGCAAGAGUAUUAGGCCCCAUUUACAGGAAAAAUAUGACUAACUUGGUGAGUAAUGGAUACUGCUCAUGGUUUGUUUCUGGCAGUGUGGCAGUUACACUGUAUUUGUUCUUAAUGUGCUUCUCUGAUGGCCUGUGUCUGGGUCUCAUGGCCUGCUCGAGUGUCUCCAUGGUGAGUCUCCUCUACCGACAUAAGAGACAAGUCAAGCAUUUCCACAGUGCUCUCCACUUUCUGAAAGUCUCACCUGAGGACAGAGCCACCCAAACUAUCCUCAUCCUGGUGUGCACAUUUGCCAUCUCUUAUUCUCACAAUCACUUGAUUACCUGCAUGAGAACUGUACAAGAUCGGAUUACUCAAUCAAAUAGGAAGGGGUUCCUGAGAGCCCAGCCCUGA